CAUUUGAUUCAAUAAUGCAACAUAUUCCGUGACUCAAUUUUCCACUAAAAUAAUACUCAGGAUGUCUACUGCUAGUAUGUUUUCUGUCAAACAGCUUGUCGAGUCUGGUUUUUGUGCCAAAUCUAUGCCAUCCAAGUAUGUCUUCCCAAGAAGCGACGAUAAUUCUGUAGUCCACUAUAUUCCAGACGAAGCAAAAGUGAUCCCCACCAUCGAUUUCUCUCUGCUGACUUCUGGUAACCCAGAUCAAAGGUCCAAAGUCAUCAGUGAUCUCGGCAAUGCAUGCCGCGAAUGGGGCUUCUUCAUGCUUAUAAACCAUGGCGUUUCUCAAGAUUUGAUGGACGAGGUUAUUAAAGUGAGUGAAGAUUUCUUUGAUCUGAAAGAAGAAGAUAAGCGAGAUUACGCGGGGAAAACAUUGUUCGAUCCGAUAAGGUGGGGAACGAGCUUCAACGUAAGUGUGGACAAGACAUUAUUUUGGAGGGAUUACCUCAAAAUCCAUGUUCAUCCUCAAUUCAAUGCUCCUAAGAAGCCCGUUGAGUUCAGUGAAACUCUGAGAGAAUACUGCGAAAGAUCCCGAAAAGUGGCGAGUGAAUUGUUGAAAGGGAUAUCUGAAAGCUUGGGAUUGGGAAAAAACUACAUAAACAAGAAAAUGAAGAUAGAAUCGGGAUUAUCUCAUCAGCUUUUGGUCAUAAAUUUGUACCCGCCUUGCCCAGAGCCAGACGUUGCGAUGGGAUUGCCUCCUCAUACCGACCAUGGCCUAUUGACACUCCUCAUGCAGAACCAACUUUGUGGGCUUCAAGUGUUGCACGAUAGCCGGUGGGUUCCUGUCAAUCCCCUUCCGUACUCUUUUCUCGUUAUCAGUGGGGACCAUAUGGAGAUAUUGACAAAUGGGAAGUACAAGAGCGUGGUGCACCGGGCUUUGGUUAACAACAACGCGACCAGAAUAUCUGUAGGAACUGGACACGGACCAUCACUUGACACCAUUGUAAGUCCUGUUGAAGAGCUGGUGAAUUGGGAAGGUGAUGAUCGUGAUUGUGAUCGUGAUCGCGAUCUCCCGGCAUAUCGUGGAAUCAGAUACAGGGAGUACAUGGAGCUUCAGCAAAGCAACCAGCUCAAUGGAAAUUCUUGCUUGGACCAUGUUCGCAUACUUUGAAGUUCUAUCCACGAUAAUGAAUUGGAUACAAAACAUAGUACUAAUUACGUACGUACCAUUAACCUGUGUUUCUUAUAUUAUAAUUUCAAUGUUUGGUCGCAAUAUAACUAAUUAAGUACUGGAUACCCUAAUUGUUAUGCAAUCGGAUAUUUUCCAAAUAUGCAAUCGUACUUGUUUCAUAACUCGCCCAAACGUAUGGCCAGGGCAUCAAAAGUACUUAUGUCAUUCAUUUCUACUUGAUAUCGUAAUUACUCAGGUAUUGUUUGAUUCCUA